ACCAUGAAAUGAACGGACGGAGAGUUGAAAAUCGGACAAAAGACUCUGAAAACGCUUUUCUCUCGAUUUUCUCUAUCUAUUUCGAUCAAAGAUUCAAAGCGAGAAACUAGAAAUCUAGGGUUCCUCAAGUCUCUACCCAUUGCUAUACUUAUCUCCCUGCGGACGAUUAUUUUUAUAUUUCUUCAUUCAUUACAUUCUCUCUGGAAAAUUCUCCGAUCUGCGAUCAUGACGAUUCCGGAUUCGUCUGGGUACAAUUACAUGAUGGAGAAUGGAUCGAUAGACUUACCAUGCAAGCCCGAGGAAGAGAGGAGGAUUGUUCAGGAUUUGACCGCUAAAGCUGAGACUAGUUUGCGCGAAGGCAAUUUGUACUAUGUUAUAUCUAAAAGGUGGUUCAGUGUCUGGGAAAGAUACACAUUGCAAGUAGAUGGUGCUUCUCUAUUUGAAUCCGAGUCCUUGAUAUCGACAGAUUCAGGAGCUAGGCCUGGACCAAUUGAUAACUCUGAUAUAAUUGCAAAUGGAAAGGAUAAUAAGGAUGAUGAUCCGCAGCUUCUUAGAACUCUCGAAGAAGGGCGUGAUUAUGCAUUAGUUCCGCAAGAAGUUUGGGAGAAGCUUUUGGAGUGGUACAAAGGAGGGCCACCAUUGCCUCGGAAAAUGAUUUCUCAGGGAGAACAACAUAAGCAGUUCAGUGUGGAGGUUUUCCCUCUGUGUCUCUGUUUAAUAGAUUCCAGAGACAAGAGUGAAGUGAUUAUAAGGUCAAGUAAAAAGGAUUCUUUACAUGAUCUAUAUGAGAGAGUGUGUCAGCUUAAAGGGAUAGUCCAAGAAAAGGCACAUAUCUGGGACUUUUUCAAUAAGCGGAAGCAUACAGUUUUGAUCCCUUCAAACCAAACACUGGAGGAAUCUAACUUGCAGAUGGAUCAAGAUAUUCUUCUUGAGGUGCUAGUUGAUGGGUUUGACAUGGAUUCAACUGGAAAUGGUUUAGCAUUGGUUCCUGUAGAACCUCCAACAUCAUCUGUUACAAUUGCUGGUGGCCCAAGUUUGUCAAAUGGUUAUUCAACUGGCUAUGGCUCCAAAAUCUAUCAACGAAGUAAUUUAAGCUCCACAUUUGGAGAUAUGGAGGAUGGAUAUGACAGCUUGAGACCGAUACAGAGAGGUGAGAAGGGAGGUAUGGCAGGAUUGCAGAAUCUGGGGAACACUUGCUUCAUGAAUAGUUCUAUCCAGUGUUUAGUUCAUACACCACCCCUCGCUGAGUAUUUCUUGGAAGAUUACAGUGAGGAAAUCAACAGACAAAAUCCUCUUGGAAUGAAUGGUGAGCUUGCUCUUGCAUUUGGUGAGUUGUUGAGGAAACUGUGGUCCUCUGGUAGCACUCCAGUUGCUCCUCGAGCUUUUAAAGGAAAACUUGCUCGUUUUGCUCCCCAGUUCAGUGGGUAUAACCAGCAUGAUUCACAGGAGCUUCUUGCCUUUUUACUUGAUGGGCUGCACGAAGAUUUAAACCGUGUUAAGCAGAAACCAUACUUUGAAACAAAGGAUUCUGAUGGUCAGCCUGAUGAUGAAGUUGCAGAAGAGUUUUGGAGAUACCACAAGGCCCGAAAUGACUCUGUAAUUGUUGACGUUUGCCAGGGCCAAUACAAAUCGACACUGGUCUGCCCAGUUUGCUGCAAAAUCUCAAUAACAUUUGAUCCUUUCAUGUACCUGUCCUUGCCUCUUCCUUCAGUAGCCACUCGGACAAUGACAGUAACAAUGUUUUAUGGCAAUGGAAGUGGCCUUCCUAUACCAUUCACCGUUACUGUCCUGAAGCAAGGAUGCUGCAAAGAUCUUAUCCAGGCUGUAAGCGCUGCAUGUUGCUUACAAAGUGAUGAAUAUCUGCUCCUUGCAGAGGUCUAUGAAAAUCGGAUAUAUAAGUACCUGGAAAAUCCAUCAGAAGCAUUGAUUUCAAUAAAGGAUGAUGAACAUAUUGUUGCUUACAGACUCCCUAAACGUGGAGCAGAGGUAACAAGACUAGAGAUAUGUCACCGACAUGAUGAAAGCAAUAGGAAGCUAUUUCUGACACCAUUAGUUACUUCGUUGGAAGAUCUGCAAUGUGGAGCUGAUAUCGAGCUUGCUGUUAACAGAAUGCUUUCCCCAUUACGAAGGAAAGCAUUUUUCUCUCCAGCACCAGUUCAUAGUGGGCAGGAAAAUGGCUAUGCCUUAGAUGCACCAGGAGAGAGAAAUGACUGCAGUAGCACUGUGUUGAGACCUGGGAUCCAAUCAGCAGGUGACAGAGAACUGGAAGGAAAGUCCAUCAGUGAGUUGUCAUUACGGCUUUUCCUCGCCAACGAUCGAGGUUUAAGUUUCAGGCCAAUUGUGAAGGAGUCACCAAUAAAACCUGGCGGUUUGGUGAAAGUCAUCCUAGAGUGGACUGACAAAGAACAUGAGUUAUAUGAUGCCAGCUUUCUCAGGGAUCUUCCUGAAGUUCACAAGACAGGAGUUGCAGCUAAGAAAACCAAGCAGGAAGCCAUCUCUUUGUUUUCCUGCUUGGAUGCCUUUCUAAAAGAGGAACCUCUAGGCCCUGAUGAUAUGUGGUAUUGUCCCCGGUGCAAAGAACAUAGGCAAGCAACUAAAAAAUUGGAUUUAUGGAGGUUGCCAGAUGUACUUGUUUUUCACUUGAAGCGAUUCUCAUAUAGCCGAUGGCUGAAGAACAAACUGGACACUUUUGUGAAUUUUCCCAUCUAUAAUCUGGAUUUAAGCAAAUAUGUGAAGAGCAAUGAUGCAUCCGAAGGUUCACAUGUGUACGAGCUAUAUGCCAUUAGCAAUCAUUAUGGGGGCCUUGGGGGUGGUCACUAUUCUGCGUAUUGUAAGUUAAUUGAUGACAAUAGAUGGUAUCAUUUCGAUGAUGCUCAUGUUUCACCUGUCAGUGAGUCUGAAAUCAAGACAUCUGCUGCUUAUGUAUUGUUUUACCGGAGAGUUAAAUGUCAAACGAAUGGAACGGUGGGUGAAACAUCGCAAAGUCAUGGGGCUUGUUGAAUGCUAUCUUGAUGAAAAGCAACAGAUGAGAGAACUUUCGGUCCGACGUAAAGAUGUCGCGGAACCUUUUCAACUUUCAAGGUACUGUCUCAUAAGGUUUUUUUGUCAUAUCUUCAACAUAAUAAUUGUAAUUGUGGACAAAAUGAUCGCAAACUCCUAAGAUCCCGAUUCCUUGCACAAAGUACUAAUUAAUUAAUACAUACAAUCAAAAUCAUUAUAAUAAAUGGCUCCAUGUAUGCAUAUGGAUAAUCUGGCUACCUUUUCCCAAAAGCAUAAUUAAGAAAUCGCUAAGACUAAACACAGCCAUAUGAACAUAAACAUCACAAGGAUUGGCAGCCAGCAUCAAACAGAAGAGGGCCAAGCAUAGAUCUUCGGUGGAAAUUGGUGUUGAUGCACUUUUCUGUGAUUUUAAGCAAUGAAAGAAAUUAACAUUAUUAUCAUAUAAGUGCAAAGGAACAGAAAUUCACCUUUUCCUAACUCCCUUUUAUUCACUUUACCCCACUUGGUUGAAACUGGACAUUGCCCUCUGAAUCCUCCAAAACAUCGGCUAAUAAAGUAGAAAUGCAAUAAUAGGUGAAACCAACUUGCACCAAAA